AUGGAUGUUGAAGAAUCCAAAGAAAAUGAUACAGGGGAACUACCUUAUAAAUAUGAAAAUUUUUCAUCAAUCUUACUAAAAAAUAAUGUCAUAAAGAAUUUUAAUUGUCGUAAAAAUGAAGAUCAGGCAAACUUAAACAUCCAAUUUUCUGACGGUACAUCAGUAAAAAAAAAUGUAAAUAGUAGGGAAGGAAAACGAAAAAAAACAAAAAGAACAAGAAUGGUAAAAUCUGGGCAUAAUGAUAUUUUAUAUUUCCCAAUCAUAAGAAUUAAAAAAGGAUAUCACAUUCGAAAUAUAAUUAGAAAUACAUUUAACCCACUAAAAAAAUCAGUAAAGAGAAAAAUUUACACAAUAGAAAAAAUUCAAACGAGGAUUCAAUUAUUAACAAAAAUCGAACAACUGAAUAUUAAUACAAGAAGUAAAAAGAGAAAUACCAAUUUAGACAAACUUUUGAGACUAAACAAUAAUUCUAAAUUAUUAUAUAAUCUAAUAAAUAAUAUAUAUAGAUAUAUAAAUUUUGAAUUAGUAAUUGAUCGUAAAAGGUGCUACCAAUGCUUUUUGUUGAAACAUGAUAAAACAAAUAAAUACCCUACAAAACUUAUUUCUUUAUAUAAAUAUUUACAAAUAGUGAAGAAGAAAAAGAAUAAAAAAAUAAUAAGCCAGAUAGACACAUACACAAAUGAUUGCAAAACAGGAAAAAAAAACUAUUUCAUUUUUAAUUAUGGAUUUUAUACCAAAAAGGGAAUUUAUCAUGAAAAUGAAGAUACAAGUUCUCAUGUCAUGCUUAGUUCGUAUAAAAUAUAUAAUGAGAUUAAUAAACUUAUUAAUUUGAUAAAUGCAAGAAAUAAAAACCGUAAUAUUAAAUAUAACAUAUUAGAUGAUGUUUUAAAAUUAUUAAAAUAUAGUAAUAACCAUAAUAAUGAAUCGAAAAGUUCUGAUACAAAUAGUAAUGAAUAUUAUGAAGAAAAUCAAUGGGGAAAUAAAAAUAGUAAAAAUAUGUUCCAUAGUAAAGCCGAUGAUAAAAUUUACUUAAAAUUUGCAUCGCCAACAUAUUACUUAAUGGAAAAUGCCUAUAACAAUGCAGAAGAAGAGAAAUAUGAUAUGAUUUGCAACUACUUUUUUUAUGGCCUAAAUAAUAAUAAGAAGAAUAAUAAGAAAUGUAUAAUGAGAAGACAAAAUAAAAAAAAUAAAAUUUCUGAUUUUGAUCCUUAUAAAUUAAAUGUUAUAAAUUAUGGUAUUGAAAAAUCACAAAUGUUAGAAAGCGAUCAAGAAGAACAAAACUAUUAUACAUUUAAUGAAAACUUAAAGAAAUGUCCAAAUAUUCAAUUUAUUUGCAAAGUGUGUAAAAAAUGCGAAUAUAUAAAAAGUAAAGACCGAUAUAAUUUUUACUACUUUAGUUACCUAUUUAAGAAUUUGAAUAGUGGAAAAAUAAACAAAAAUAAUGAGCGUUUUUUUUCAAAUGGUGUUUGCGCAAACAACAAUGUGUCUAUGCAUUGUAGUAAUAAUAAACGUACUAUUGAUCAGGAGAAAAUUGAAUUAUUUUCUGACUCAGUUAGGAAAAAUAUGAAUUGUUCAGGUAAAAAUGAAAAUAUAGAAGAAAAGGAAAAAGAAGAAAAUAAAAUAAAAAAUAAAAAUCAUGAUGAUGUAACAUACAAACUAAUGAGUGAAGAAUUUACAUUAAAUGAUUACAUAAUCAAAUGCAAAACAUGUCGUCAUUUUAGAAUGUAUGACAACUUACCAAAUAAAUAUUUCACAGACAUAUUUUUUAACAUACCUGGUAGCUUAAAAUGCCAAAAUUUUAUGAACGAGCCAGGUAAAAGCAUAUUUUACAAUAUCCCAAAAAUUCGUGAUCAGAAUAAUAAUGAAAUAGGCUAUAUAAAAAAUAGUAAAACUAACGAAUAUAAAAGCAAUUAUUGUAUAAAAAAUGUAAGAAAUAAUAAUCUCUUCAAAUGGGUUGUCCCUCAUUCAUACACUGACGUAGAAUUUUAUGAAAAGGAAAGCAAUAUUUAUUUUUUAUAUAAUAAAAAUAAAGCUUAUACAACAAAUAAGCAUAUCAAUAUACUAUCGUUUAGUCAGCAGGAUGAUUGUCUAAAUGAUCAGUCAGAAAAAGAAAUGGAUAUAACUUUUAGUUCAUUAAUGAGUUUAAAAAAACAAAAGAAAGAAUACUUUGAUAGUAAAAAAAGAAAAAUGUUUGUAAACUAUUAUAAAAGUACUAUAAAAAGAAAUUCAGAGAAUAAAGAGGAUGAAGAAAAAUAUGAUAAGGACGAUAAUAGAAAUAUUUUUAAAAAAGCAUUUAGCCAAUUCGAUAUGCAUUUGUUUACAAUAUGUGAUGGUCAUACUGAUUCAAAUGGUUCCACUUUUUUAAUUCAAAAUGUUCAUAAAUUAUUUUAUUAUCUUUUAAUUUACACAUUUUUUAAUAUUCACUUGUCUUUAAAAAUUUUACACCCCCUAUUGGAUAUCCUAUAUUAUAAAUAUCGAUCAGAUAACAAUUUAACGGAUUACUCUGGGUCAUGUAUUAUUAAUGUACUACUUAGGAAAAAUAAUAUUUAUGUAAAUAAUACGGGGGAUAGCAAAUGUGCUAUCAUGACAUUUGAUUUAAGCAAAUUUGGAUAUGGAAAAUCAAUGAAUAAUACAUUAAAAGAAGAGAAGAGUAAAAAAAAUAAAAAAAAUAAAAAAAUGAAGAACACUGAUGAAGCUUACGAACUAGGGAAAGAGAAUAAAAAUGAUUUUAAGGAAAAUAAUAUUUUUUCUGAACUCUCAAAUAUCAGAGAAUCUAGCUAUAAGCACUACAUAAUUAAUGAGGAGUCGAUUUCAUAUAAUGAAUUAAAUUCUGAACAUAAUUGUAAUAACUAUAUGGAAUAUCUUAGAAUGUAUAAAUUAAAUUAUUGUGAUAAUUUAAAAAAGGAUUAUCUUGUUUCAAAUAUGGAAAAAAAUCUAGAAAAUUUAAACAAAAAAGUUGAAAAUAUAGAGUGUGCUAAAAAAGAAUUAGAUAAAGAAAAGUUUACAACAACAGAUUAUCAAAUUGGGGGCAAAGACAAUGAAGAAGUACCAAAUAUUAGCCAGGUCAUUAAUGUCAGUAAAAGAAAGAAAGGGAAGAAGGGAAAGGGAAAGAAGGAAAAUCUUUCGAUAAGCUAUGAUUUAAAUGAUUUGAUAAUAAAAAUAAAUAAAUAUAUUUUAAAGGAAGAUGGAAAAGAAAUAGAUAUAGCCAAUGUUCCAUUUGAAUUAAUAAAGUUUAACAGAUUAUAUGACAGUUUACACCCAUCUAGAGUAAUAGGGGAUUAUGAUUUAAAAGGGAAAUGCAUUGAUCGAGAUUUUAUUUUGUCUAACAAUUCUAAUAUAUAUAAAUAUGAUAUGAAUAAUAUAAAUUGGCUUAAUAAUAUUCAUUAUAUUUAUAAAAUACAAAAAUGUAUAAAUUGCAAAAUGAUUUAUUUAUUGAAUAGUUAUGGAAAAGUAAAUUCAAUCCAAAAUAUUUCUUUACUUAAUAUGAAAAAUAAAUUACAUCAAAACAGUAACACACUUGUAAAUUAUAUUGAAAAAAACAUAAAAAAUAAUUAUUGUAAUAAUGUGAUAGAUGAAAGUGAUAGUGAUAAUUCUUUUGAAAAAAAACUUAAAAGUAUUAUAAGCAUUUACAAAGACAAUGAAAAUAGUGACUCUAAAAAAAUGAAAACAAAAAAUACUAACUUAUAUUUGAAUGACAACAUAUCUCGAUAUAUCCAUAUUAAAAAUAAUUCGUUAAAUACAAAUUAUGUAUAUCAGUUAGGAAAAAAAGAAAACAAACAUUUUUUUCAUUUGCUAAUUAUCGCAUCGGAUGGUGUUUUUGAAUAUCUUAAUCCGGCUUAUGUUUUAAAUAUAAUAAAAAAUAAUAAACCUAUUUAUAAAAAAAUCCAAAAAAUUUAUUAUAUUUACAACAUGUAUAGCACCAAUCGUGAUUUAACAAACAGAGAUAUAAAUUAUAUGCUGCAUACAUGUAUGUUCACUAAAAAAGAAUGCACACAGCUCGCUAAAAAUAUUAUUAAGAAGACUGUUAAUAGUGGAAAUAUUGAUGACAGUACAUGUUUUUGUAUUUUUUUGUUUCCUACAAUGUUUUUUCAUGAUUAA